UAUCGGUAGUAGAAAAUGGCGUGUUUCCUCUGUCCUUGUCAGUUUAAUUCAGUAUUUAGCAACAUAUAUGAUUCGUCUAUGAAGCUUUACGAGCAGUGCGUGGGAUGAAGUGUCACAUCGUUUACUGUGUGAAGAAGCGGUUUCGCUGGGUGACGGGUGGAGUGUUGUUCAGUGGAAAACCGUGGAGAGUUUGGAAGUAAUAUCGAAGAAGAGCUUCGUAAAGGAAGUUCGUAUUAGUGCGAAAAUUGUGUGGUGCGUGUGAAGAAACGUCAUCAUGGCGGCAAAUAAUAGGAAUAGAACAGUACACAUAACAUCGAUCUUCUCAAAACUUCACGGUGCGUUCUCAGAUGCAGUGACACCCCCGAAGCUCGCCACCGAUAAAAGGACGCUGGACAAAACAUGGAAGUUAAUGGAUAAAGUCGUGAAGCUGUGUCAACAUCAAAAAAUGAACUUGAAAAACUCUCCACCAUUUAUUUUAGAUAUUCUUCCUGACACUUAUCAACGCUUAAGGCUAAUUUAUUCGAAGUAUGAAGAUAAGAUGAUGGUUCUUCACAGCAAUGAACAUUUUAACGUAUUUAUAGUGAACUUGAUGAGGAAAUGCAAGCAAGCAAUUAAACUUUUUAAGGAAGGCAAAGAGAAGAUGUUUGACGAGAAUUCUCAUUAUAGACGUAACCUUACGAAACUUAGUUUGGUUUUUAGUCAUAUGUUAAGUGAACUCAAAGCAAUAUUCCCUAAUGGAACAUUUGCUGGUGACCAAUUUAGAAUCACAAAAAGCGAUGCAGCAGAAUUCUGGAAAAAUAAUUUUGGUAACAGCACUCUUGUGCCAUGGAAAGUAUUCAGACAAGUUUUAAAUGAAGUUCACCCCAUCAGCUCUGGACUCGAAGCCAUGGCUUUAAAGUCAACCAUAGACCUAACGUGUAAUGACUAUAUAUCAAAUUUUGAAUUUGAUGUUUUUACCAGGUUAUUUCAGCCUUGGAACACACUGCUUAGGAACUGGCAAAUCCUGGCAGUAACACAUCCUGGCUAUGUGGCAUUUCUGACAUAUGAUGAAGUGAAGGCUCGGUUACAAAAAUAUAUCAAUAAGCCUGGAAGUUAUGUAUUUCGGCUGAGUUGCACGAGACUCGGACAGUGGGCCAUUGGUUAUGUAACGUGUGACGGUGAUAUUCUGCAGACUAUACCCCAGAACAAAUCCUUGUGCCAAGCCUUACUGGAUGGCUACAGAGAAGGCUUCUACCUCUAUCCUGAUGGUCGUAAUGUGAAUCCUGAUCUUUCAUGGGCAGUUCAGCCAACACCAGAAGAUCAUAUAAAAGUAACUCAGGAGCAGUAUGAAUUAUACUGUGAAAUGGGUUCUACCUUUCAACUUUGUAAAAUUUGUGCUGAAAAUGAUAAGGAUAUUCGAAUAGAACCUUGUGGACAUCUUUUGUGUACACCGUGCUUAACAUCCUGGCAGGUAGACUCUGAAGGUCAGGGUUGCCCAUUCUGUCGGGCAGAAAUUAAGGGAACUGAGCAAAUAGUGGUUGAUCCAUUUGACCCAAAGAGACAGCAUAAAGCUGGCUCUACAGGAAACCUUGUGGAUCUAGAUGAAGAUGAAGAGGAUCUAAACAACUGGAACUGUAAUAACAGCUGUCUGCAAGCCCUUGCUCUCUCACCUAGGACAGAAAAUGCAGAAUGUCGGGGUGGACGAAGCCCUAUGAUAUCCCCACAUCCUUCUCCACAAUUGCAACGCAGAGCAACAGCAGCUACAGUUGUGACUGCAGCUCCACCUCCUCCGUUGCCUCCAAGGAGGGCGUCACCCACUCUAGGCAGUCCUAGCUCUUCUCCAAGUCAUUUGUCCUUGCCGGCUGAAGAAGCCCCAGAGCCUCCAAAUCAUUAUAUAGUUUCACUUCCACCAAGAGAUGAUGAGAUGCUCGAUUCCUUCUCAGUUGAAGAAACACCUGAGCCCGCAAAUCACUAUAUGGUUUCAUUCCCACCAAGGGAUGAUGAGGUGGUUGAUUCCUUAUUAGGUGCUACAGACAGACGAUAUGAUAUUCUGCAGCCAGUUCCUACUCCAGGAUGCAGUGGUGUGGUCAAGGGAGCAAAAGCAGUUCUUGCAUCUACUUCCAGCACUGACUCCACCACAUCUACUUCUCCUGUGUCAUGUUCUGUAGUUACCCCCACUGCCAGUGUGGCACAAAGUCAGUCAUCUGCUACAACACCACAUGAAACAACUGUGCUACAUCGACAACAGAGUGCUGGCAGCACACAUUCUGCGCACUAUGCAGAGCUUACUGAAGCUACAGAAGAACCUAGUUAUGAGAACACUGUUAUUACUCCAGGUGGUGUGACUCAUGUGAAACCUGUUGCCAAUGCCAUUACUGAAAUGGACUCUCCAUCUGCAACAUCAUUGUCGAGGAAAUCAAGCAGUAAAGUGAGCUACGACAUGCAUAUGGAUACAAUGACUCCAGCAAAGGCUGCAACACACAUUCAAAUGCAGUCCCACAUGCAACUGCAGCAUGGUCCAACCCAGAGGCCGAGGCAGGCCAGUGAAGCACAAAAAGCUUGCUAUCACCAGUCAAUAGCAUCAGCAUCAGCGGGUGAAGCAGCAGUCGCAUAUGAGAAUUUGAAUAUGGACUAUAUUGCACAGCUUACAUCAGAAGGCUAUGCACAGGAUGCUGUCAUACGUGCUCUUGGAAUCACUCGCAAUGAUAUAGAAAUGGCAUGGGACAUAUUGCAUGAAUUUGCUACAAAACAAACAAGUGCGUGAUCAGGUCCUGGCGGCAGCUUGCACACCCGUUACUGCUGAUUUUGUAACGUGCUGCCGCCACUUUCUCUCCUCCUAAGUAUCAUAUGCUUCUGAAGCUAGUCUACAGUCAUUAGCUGUAUUGCAUUUUUCUUUUGUAUCUAAGUGUAAUGUCAGUGCAGUUUUAUACUGAUCAUUUAAUUUCCUUCUGAGCAGAAAUUCAAAAGUAAAAAGACUUGGAGUCAUGAGAUAGUGGUUUAGAAGCAAACCUCUUCCAUCCAGAAUGUUUACAUUUUGAAACAUUUUGACUUCUGUAUGAAGAGGUCGACAUUACAUGCACGUAUGUGGAACAGAUUUUAUUGACAUUGUGGAGAAUUUCUUCUAAAAUCAAAGCAUACAAAUUUUUAAAUCUUGUUGUUGAUAACAGACCAUUUUAUACUUUCACAUUUUUGUGUAUUGUGUAUUAUAUUUGUUAAUGAGAAUCAUUACUCAUCAAUAUUAAUCUUGUUACUAUUCACAUUGACAUCACUGUUAUAUAACAUUCCUUGUACACAGAGUGUUAUUUUGUGUAUCGUACCCAAGUGUCUCGAUACAUCUGUUGAUGGCCUUAAUUUCUCCAGUUGUUGUUUACUUUUACUGUACAUGAAAUUAGUUUUAAGAGAGAUUCUGCAUAUCAAUCAAAGAAUUGUUGCAGAUGAAACUUAAAUAUUUUUAUAUAGCAACAAAUGCAUGAAAAGACUGAGACUAAAAGAUAUAAAUGUGUAUAUACAAAUGAGUAUGUGCAGUACAAGAAAUAAAAUUGUUUUGCCAUUAAUUAUCAGCCGAAGAAAUUGAUCAUUCUGAGAGAUUAUACUGACUGAGUAAAGGCCAUGUGAGACUAUUACUAGAAAAAUACCUCUUUGUUGCCUUGUGCAGCAUUCCCAUCUAAAGAACAUUUUUCGUUGAACCAACAAAGUUUAAUUAAGAUUUUAAUCAAUGAAUGUGAAAUAUUGUUGUAUUGCAUUUUAUAUUGUGUUAUUUUAUCUGUGAAAAAGUGAACUAAAAGAAUUAACCUCCGUGUUGUGUAUAGUGAAGCUGACAUCCAAUCUCCAAGUGCCUCAUAAUUCCACGUAUUCCUUACACUUUUACCUGUAUUUAUUUCCAGUUUCAUACUACAGAAUGUGGCAUGUACUUUUACAUGAAUUCUUUGUUGGCACUGUUAAAUGAAAUAUGCUGUAGCAAUAAUGCUGAAGUGCUGUUCUCAAGACAUUUUAAUAUCAUCUAACAUAUUAAACUGCACAGUACCAUUAUCAUCAUAUUAUAAACUAUAAAAAGAUUUUUUCUUUUUUAUUACAAUGCAAGAGGUUAUUGUAUAUAUGGCUUGUCCUUGAUGAUCCAAAUCAGUGUGUGUAAGGUUAAUAUUGUUCUGAAUCGUGUUUUUGAUCAGGAUCAGGAAUUACUUCCUACAGUUCAGAUAAGUGUGUUUCGGAGUGCCUUUUAAGCAUUAUUGGUUUACAGGAUCAUUAUGGAAUGAAUGACUUUUUUCAUAUUCAUUUUUCAUUGAUGUGCUACAUCUAUUGAAUUCUUUUGAAUGAAGUUUUUUGUAGUUGUUUAGAAUUCACCACACUGGUGGUGUGGAUAAUGUGAUGUUUUCAAUGUACAAAUUAAACAGUACUGACUGAUUGUUCCUUCAUCCCAGGACACUGGAACUUUCUUGAACAGCAAUUGACAAAUGCAUACAGCUAGUACAGUUGCCCUUUCAUUUUGUCAGAUAUUAAUAAUUGUAUUUAGAUACAGAUGAUCACGGAUAUGUACCAAAAUGUCCCUUUUUCACUAAUUUAUCUGGUUGUUAUGCCUAUGUACUUGUUCUUAGAGUCUCAAAUGAAAGUUAUUUAUAAUAAUUAUGUAAUAUAAUUGUUUCAUUGCUUAAUAAGAAAAAUAUGUUAUUUAAAUUAAUCUAUGUGGCUGAUGAUAUGUCUGUGUCCAUUUGAAGGCUCUGUAAGGAGUUGCAAAGUUUCGUGAUAUAUCAAAUAUGAAGAAGGAAAUAAUGUAUUUACACUUUCAUAUGUAUGAGAAACUGUUGAAGUGAUUUAUGAUGAGGAUGAUGGAGUGAGUUCCAGAGUUCAGUUCAUGUAAGUGAAAGCAUCACUUUAGUUUUGUUAAAAUAAAUUAAGGAAGCCAUAAUUCCAUAAAAAAUAAAACUUUGUCAGCUGAGAAAUAUUUCAGCAGUCAGAAACAAAUUUAAUUGGAAAAUGCCUCUCCCAUGUAUGUACUCUUCUUUGAAUUCUGGUUAACUACAAACAUAAUAUUCAGUAGUGACCAGAUAUUUUAUUUUUCUUACAUACUCGAACAUUUUUGGUAAAGGUGCAAACUUUGUUUCAGAAUUAUUGAAAUGAUUGCUGAUAGAAAAUAUACAUGGCAACAUUUCAUUAGACUCACCAAUUUCUUCACCUCUUACUGCAGCCUUCUUUUUUUAAGCCAAUGCAAUAAAACUUCUGUGCCCUACAACAGCUAAAUGUUCUUUUUGUACUUCACAGUCAAUUCAAUAUGUCACUGUUGCAAUAUUUUAAAAGAACUACUGAAGCAAUCAUAUUCACUUCAUAAGUAACAAAAUAUUCAUGCCUAUCAGUGUGUUUCAUUGAGAAAGUAGCUGCUGCAGAGUUUGAAGGCGGUUUGUGGUUACUGCAUUAUUUCUCCAGUGUCCAUUGGAAUCAUGUGGUGACUCAUAUCUAAGCAAUUUCAUUUUAAUAAGAACACUAUCCUCAUAGAAACUGUGUAUCAACAUUUAUUGAAAAUAAAUAAAAAGAUAAUAUCACAUCUUGA